AUGCCAUCACACAAUCAUGGUAGUACAAUUGAUGGUGAAAGUAACUAUAGACUGUAUUAUGAUGUGCCUGUGGAAAAUGCAGACAACAAUUAUGUUACUGGUUACAGAGCUUCGCAGCAUCUAUCUGGUGGUGAUAGGUUCAAUAUGCAAGCAGGAUGGUCUAAUAUGUUUGCCACAUGUUCACAGUGUCGUCAUACACAUAAAGUAGAAACCGAAGGUAAAAAUCAUGCACAUUCACAUAAAGCAACAUCAUCAACAAUUAAUAUAUAA